AUGAGCGCCAACGGGCCCGCCCCAGGCCCAGUCCCCCCUACAGCCCCACAAGCCCCCGCCCCCGCCCCUGCUCCGGCCUCCGCCCCGGCGCCCACCCCGGCCCCAGCGCCGCCCCCCGCGCCCACCGUCCCGGCGGCCACAACCACCAUCCCGGUCGGGGCGCUAGCGCAGAAGAAGCGCCAGCAGUAUGCCAAAAGCAAGAAGCAGGGCAGUAACGCCAACAGCAGGCCGCCCAGGGCUCUGUUCUGCCUCAAACUCAACAACCCCAUACGCAGGGCCUGCAUCAGCCUGGUGGAGUGGAAGCCAUUUGAUAUCUUUAUAUUAAUUGCGAUUUUUGCCAACUGUAUGGCCUUAGCUGUCUAUAUUCCCUUUCCUGCAGAUGAUUCCAACUCCACAAACCACGACCUGGAAACAGUGGAAUAUGCCUUCCUCAUCAUUUUCACAAUUGAGACCUUCCUGAAGAUUAUUGCUUAUGGAUUGGUGGCACACCAGAAUGCAUACGUGAGAAACGGCUGGAACAUGCUGGAUUUCGUCAUUGUUGUGAUCGGGCUGUUCAGUGUCGUCUUGGAGGUCUUGACCAAAGAUGAGAAGGCGGAGGAAGCCGCUGCCGUGGCCGCCGCCGCCGCCGCUGCCGCCGCCGCCGCCGCCUCGGCCGCAUCCAACACCCACCCGUCCAUGCACGGCCACGGGGGCAAGCCCGGGGGCGGCUUCGAUGUCAAGGCCCUGCGCGCCUUCCGCGUGCUGAGGCCCCUGCGCCUGGUCUCAGGAGUACCCAGUUUACAGGUGGUGCUGAACUCCAUCAUCAAAGCCAUGGUCCCCCUCCUGCACAUCGCUCUCCUGGUGUUGUUCGUUAUCAUCAUCUAUGCUAUUAUCGGCCUGGAGCUUUUCAUCGGAAAGAUGCACGCUACCUGCUAUAUCCCAGGCACAGUGGACAUCAUAGCGGAGGACAACCCGGCUCCAUGUGCCAUCUCAGGCCACGGCCGCACCUGCUCCAUGAACGGCACCGUGUGCAGGGAGGGCUGGCACGGCCCCAACGACGGCAUCACCAACUUCGACAACUUCAUGUUCGCCAUGUUGACGGUGUUCCAGUGCAUCACCAUGGAGGGCUGGACAGAUGUGCUGUACUGGAUGAACGAUGCGAUGGGCUUGGAGCUUCCAUGGGUGUACUUUGUCAGUCUCGUGAUCUUCGGCUCUUUUUUCGUUCUUAACCUGGUUCUGGGUGUGUUGAGCGGAGAGUUCUCUAAGGAGAGGGAGAAGGCCAAAGCGCGCGGAGACUUCCAGAAGCUGCGGGAGAAGCAGCAGUUGGAGGAGGACCUGAAGGGGUACCUAGAUUGGAUCACCCAGGCCGAGGACAUCGACCCCGAGAACGAGGACGAGGGCGACGAGGGGAGCAAGCGUAACCGAGUGACUCUGGCUGACCUCACAGAGAAGAAGAAAGGAAGGGCCUUUGGGUGGUUCAGCCAGUCCUCCGAGACACAUGCGAGUGUGCCGGCCAGUGAGACAGAGUCUGUGAACACAGAGAAUCCCAACGGAGAGGAUGAGAAGGCGCCAUGUUGUGGGCCUUUUUGUCAAAAAAUUUCCAAGUCAAAGUUCAGUCGGCGCUGGCGUCGAUGGAACAGGUGCUGUCGAAGGAACUGCCGGUUUGCGGUGAAAUCGGUGCCUUUCUAUUGGUUGGUCAUCAUCCUGGUGUUCCUCAACACGCUCACCAUCUCAUCCGAACACUACAACCAACCCGAUUGGUUGACGCAAGUCCAAGACGUGGCCAACAAGGUGCUGCUGGCCAUGUUCACGUGUGAGAUGCUGGUGAAGAUGUACAGCCUGGGGCUGCAGUGCUACUUUGUGUCCCUGUUCAACCGCUUCGACUGCUUCGUGGUGUGCGGGGGCAUCACGGAGACCAUCCUGGUGGAGCUGGAGAUCAUGCCUCCUCUCGGCAUCUCUGUGUUCCGCUGUGUCCGCCUGCUCCGGAUCUUCAAGGUCACACGCCAUUGGCAAUCUCUGAGCAACCUGGUGGCGUCCCUGCUGAACUCUAUGAAGUCCAUCGCCUCCCUGCUACUGCUGCUCUUCCUCUUCAUCAUCAUCUUCUCCCUGCUGGGCAUGCAGGUGUUUGGGGGCAAGUUCAACUUUGACGAGACCCAGACCAAGAGGAGCACCUUCGACAACUUUCCCCAGGCCCUGCUCACCGUCUUUCAGAUCCUGACCGGAGAGGACUGGAACGCCGUCAUGUACGACGGUAUCAUGGCGUACGGCGGGCCCUCCUCCACAGGGAUGAUCGUCUCCAUCUACUUCAUCAUCCUCUUCAUCUGCGGAAACUACAUCCUCCUGAACGUCUUCUUGGCCAUUGCUGUGGACAACUUGGCCGACGCUGACUCUCUCAACGCCCCCGCGGACAAGAAGGACAUAAAGGAUGACGAGAAAGACGAGAAGGAGGAGGAGGAGGAGAUCGAGGACAACGCCGCAGAGGAGGACGACCCGGAGGUGCCGUCGGGCCCGCGCCCGCCCAUCUCGGAGCUGGUGAAGAAGGAGAAGAUCACCCCCAUCCCGGAGGGCAGCGCCUUCUUCAUCUUCAGCAACACCAACCCGAUUCGCGUUGGAUGCCAUAAGCUGAUCAACCACCACAUCUUCACCAACCUCAUCCUGGUCUUCAUCAUGCUCAGUUCGGCCUCCCUGGCAGCAGAGGACCCCAUCCGCAACUUCUCAGCACGGAACAUUAUACUUGGUUACUUUGACUAUGCUUUCACGGCUAUCUUUACUGUUGAGAUCGUGUUGAAGGUCCUAGGCUAUGCAGAUUAUGUCUUCACUAGUAUGUUUACAUUUGAGAUCGUGUUGAAGAUGACCACCUACGGAGCCUUCCUUCAUAAAGGAGCCUUCUGCAGGAAUUACUUUAACCUUCUGGACCUGUUGGUGGUGGGCGUGUCCCUGGUGUCCUUUGGCAUUCAGACCUCUGCCAUAUCGGUGGUGAAGAUUCUCCGGGUGCUGCGAGUGCUUCGGCCCCUGAGGGCCAUCAACAGAGCCAAGGGCCUGAAGCAUGUGGUCCAGUGUGUGUUCGUGGCCAUCCGUACCAUCGGUAACAUCAUGAUCGUCACCACGCUGCUGCAGUUCAUGUUCGCCUGCAUAGGAGUCCAACUCUUCAAGGGAAAGUUUUAUCGCUGCACGGACGAAGGAAAGUCAAACGCAGAAGAGUGCAAAGGGACGUACAUCCUGUACAAGGACGGAGACGUGAACCAGCCCGCCAUCCACAAGAGGCUGUGGCUCAACAGCGAGUUCAACUUCGACAACGUCCUCAUGGCCAUGAUGGCGCUGUUCACCGUGUCCACCUUUGAGGGCUGGCCCGCGUUGUUGUACAAGGCCAUUGACUCAAACAGGGAGAACCUGGGGCCCAUUUACAACUACCGCGUGGAGAUCUCCAUCUUCUUCAUCAUCUACAUCAUCAUCAUCGCCUUCUUCAUGAUGAAUAUCUUUGUAGGUUUUGUCAUUGUCACGUUUCAGGAGCAGGGAGAGAAAGAGUACAAAAACUGUGAACUCGACAAAAACCAGCGCCAGUGUGUGGAGUACGCCCUCAAGGCACGGCCACUGAGGCGCUACAUCCCCAAGAACCCGUACCAGUACAAGUUCUGGUACGUGGUCAACUCCACGGGCUUUGAGUACAUCAUGUUUGUGCUCAUCAUGCUCAACACGCUGUGCCUCGCUGUACAGCAUUAUGGGCAGUCAGCGACCUUCAACUAUGUGAUGGACAUCCUCAACAUGGUCUUUACUACGGUUUUCACUGUAGAGAUGUUCCUCAAACUCAUCGCUUUCAAACCCAGGCACUAUUUCACUGAUGCUUGGAACACGUUUGAUGCCUUAAUUGUUGUCGGUAGCGUCGUCGACAUUGCUAUCACUGAAGUGAAUAAACUUGUAGAGCCAACGGAGACUCCUCAGGUGGAUGAGCAGGGGAACACGGAGGACAGCGCGCGCAUCUCCAUCACCUUCUUCCGUCUCUUCCGAGUCAUGCGAUUGGUCAAGCUGCUGAGCAGGGGGGAGGGCAUCCGCACGCUGCUGUGGACCUUCAUCAAGUCCUUCCAGGCCCUGCCCUAUGUGGCCCUUCUGAUCGCCAUGUUGUUCUUUAUCUACGCUGUCAUCGGCAUGCAGGUGUUUGGUAAGAUCGCCAUGGUGGACCACACGCACAUCAACCGAAACAACAACUUCCAGACCUUUCCACAGGCUGUGCUUCUGCUGUUCAGGUGUGCUACCGGUGAAGCAUGGCAGGAGAUCAUGCUAGCCUGCAUGCCGGGCAAACUGUGUGACCCGGAGUCAGACUACAACCCCGGAGAAGAGAUGACUUGCGGCAGCGGAUUCGCUGUCAUCUACUUCAUCUCUUUCUACAUGCUCUGCGCCUUCUUGAUUAUCAACUUGUUUGUGGCCGUCAUCAUGGAUAACUUUGACUAUCUCACGCGUGAUUGGUCGAUUCUGGGGCCGCACCACCUGGACGAGUUCAAGAGGAUCUGGUCUGAGUAUGACCCCGAGGCGAAAGGGAGAAUCAAACACCUGGAUGUUGUCACACUCCUCCGUCGGAUCCAACCGCCUCUCGGCUUCGGAAAGCUAUGCCCACACAGAGUGGCAUGCAAGAGGUUGGUUGCUAUGAACAUGCCUUUGAACAGCGAUGGGACGGUCAUGUUCAACGCCACCCUGUUCGCUCUGGUGCGCACCGCCCUGAAGAUCAAAACAGAGGGUAAUCUGGAGCAGGCCAAUGAGGAGCUGCGGGCUGUCAUCAAGAAGAUCUGGAAGAGAACUAGCAUGAAGCUGCUGGAUCAAGUGGUUCCCCCUGCUGGUGAUGAUGAGGUUACCGUGGGGAAGUUCUAUGCCACCUUCCUGAUACAGGACUACUUUAGGAAAUUCAAGAAACGUAAAGAGGAGGGCCUGGUGGGAGCGCACCCGACCCAAAACAACUCGGCCGUCGCCCUGCAGGCUGGUCUCCGCACACUCCAUGAUAUUGGGCCGGAAAUCCGCCGAGCGAUAUCAUGUGAUCUGCAGGACGAUGAACUAGUAGACUUUAUCCCAGAGGAGGACGAGGAAAUUUAUAGGCGCAACGGCGGCCUGUUCGGCAACCACGUGAUGAACGGCGGCCACCGCCGCGCGGAGCAGCACCAGACCAACGCCACGCAGCGGCCCCUGCAGGUGCAGCCGCCGCCGCACUACGCCCACAUGGAGGAGCAGCCGGCGGGCCGCCUGGGCCGCGCCAACGCCAUGACGCACCCCAACAACAACCACCACCACCCGCACCACCACCACCACAACCGCCACCACCACCACCACAACCACAACUCCUACAGCAAGUCGCCCAAGUCCACCAACAUCAACCUGAACAACGCCAACGCCUCCACGUUGCCCAACGGCGGCGGCGGCGGCGGUGGCGGCCACCACCACCAGCAGCAGCAGCAGCGCCGCUACUACGACCACGCCGCCGCCCCCACGGCGCCCAACGGCUACCCGGGCCACCGCGGCCCCCCCGCCGGCAGCAACGGCGCCUACUACGAGUACGAGAAGCCGCGCACCCCGCAGGGUCAAAGGCGACGCUACGUUGAGACGUAUGUUAGGACCCACACGGGGGACAGCCGCCACCCCACCAUCCGCAGGGAGGAGGAGUUUGAGGAGGAUCGCUACUCUGGAGAGUACUACAGCGGGGAGGAGUUCUACGAGGACGACAGCAUGCUGUCCGGAGAGAGGUAUCCGAACAGCGACACAGAGUACGAGACGCCCAAAGGUUACCACCACCCCGACAGUUACUAUGACGACGACGAGCAGCCGCUCUACCGCGAUUCACGUAGGUCGCCGAAACGACGACAGCUUCCUGCCACGCCUCAAGCUCAUAGGAGGCCCUCCUUCAACUUUGAGUGUCUGCGCCGGCAGGGGAGCCAGGACGAGCUACCCCACCAGCGCACGGCUCUGCCCCUGCACCUCAUGCAGCACCAGGUGAUGGCCGUCGCCGGCCUGGACUCCAGCCGGGCGCAGCGCCUCUCCCCGACCCGCUCCACCCGCUCCUGGGCCACGCCCCCGGCCACGCCCGGCAGCAAGGACCAGUCGCCCUACUACACACCCAUGAUCCGCGUGGACCACCCCCGCCGCGGGAGCCUGGCCAACAGCCACGUGCCCGACCGCAAGAGCUCCUGGUACACGGACGACCCCGAGUUCUCCCUGAGGACCUACUCGCCCGCCCACCUGCAGGUGCCCCCAGGGUACCGCAGCCAGUACCACCAGAAGAGGGGCAGCGCCACCAGCCUGGUGGAGGCGGUGCUGAUCUCGGAGGGCCUGGGUCGCUACGCCAAGGACCCCAAGUUCGUGGCGGCCACCAAGCACGAGAUCGCCGACGCGUGCGAGAUGACCAUCGACGAGAUGGAGAGCGCCGCCAGCCACCUGCUGAGCGGGGGCGUGGCGCCGGGGCUGAACGGCGGCGGCGUCACGGUGUUCCCCGUGGCCACGCCCCGGGACUACGACUCCCAGGACGCGGCGGCCAGCUACAGCGACGAGGAGCCCGACGGCCCGCGGCGGGCGUCGUACGAGGAGGACCUGGCCGACGAGAUGAUCUGCAUCACCACGUUAUAG